AUGUCUUUCCCUUUCACCACCGUGGAAAAAGAGAGUUUGGAUGCGGUCUGUAUCUUUGUCUGUUCUUGUCUCCAGUAUGAAUACUUCAAUGCUGUGCUGAUCAAUGAGGAUGUAGAGCUGGGAGGAAAGUUUGUCCUGCAGCCCAACGAUCAUUUUAACAACCGAUCAGUCAACCUCAGCCUCAGUGUGGUCCAAGUGCCCACCAAUAUGUACAAUAAAGACUCUGCAAUUGUCAAUGGUGUGUACUGGUCAGAGGCCCUGAACAAGGUGUUUGUGGAUAACUUUGAGAGGGAUCCCUCACUAAUAUGGCAAUACUUUGGCAGUGCUAAGGGCUUUUUUAGACAAUAUCCUGGAAUCAAAUGGAAGCCAGAUGACCACGGAGUUAUAGCUUUUGACUGUCGUAAUCGAAAGUGGUACAUCCAGGCAGCCACCUCUCCAAAGGAUGUGGUGAUCCUGGUGGAUGUCAGUGGCAGCAUGAAAGGCCUGAGACUUACCAUUGCCAGACAGACGGUUUCCUCCAUUCUAGACACUCUUGGAGAUGAUGACUUUUUUAAUAUCAUUGCUUACAAUGAGGAACUGCAUUAUGUGGAGCCAUGUCUGAAUGGAACCCUGGUUCAAGCAGAUGUCACCAACAAAGAUCAUUUCCGGGAGCACCUUGAUAAGCUGUUUGCUCAAGGCAUUGGUAUGUUGGACAUAGCUCUGACGGAAGCGUUCAAUCUUCUCAGUGAUUUUAAUAAGACUGGAAGGGGCAGUGAGUGUAGCCAGGCCAUUAUGCUGGUGACAGAUGGAGCAGUCAACACAUACGAUGCCAUCUUUGAGAAGUACAACUGGCCAGACAGGAAGGUUCGAAUAUUCCCCUACUUGAUUGGUCGGGAGUCAGCCUUUGCAGAUAAUUUAAAAUGGAUGGCGUGUGCUAACAAAGGCUACUUCACUCAAAUUUCUACGCUGGCCGAUGUUCAAGAGAAUGUGAUGGAGUAUCUCCAUGUCCUGAGUCGCCCCAAAGUUAUUGACCGGGAGCAUGACACAGUGUGGACCGAGGCAUACAUUGACAGCACUCUCCCCCAAGCACAAAAGUCGGAUGAUGGUCAAGGUCCGGUCCUGAUGACAACAGUAGCAAUGCCAGUGUUCAGUACCAAGAAUGAGACUAGAAACCGAGGAAUCCUGCUUGGGGUGGUUGGGACAGACGUGCCAGUUUCUGAGCUGCUCAAAACCAUUCCUAAAUAUAAGCUGGGCAUUCAUGGCUAUGCCUUUGCAAUCACCAACAAUGGCUACAUCCUCACCCACCCAGAUCUACGGCCACUUUACGGUGAUGGCAAAAAGCGAAGGAAGCCGAACUACAGCAGUGUGGAUCUGUCUGAAGUGGAAUGGGAGGAUAAGGAUGACACGUUGAGAAAUGCCAUGGUCAACAGGAAGACGGGGACCUUCUCUAUGGAGGUGACGAAGAGUGUGGACAAAGGGAAACGUGUACUGGUUUUACACAAUGAUUACUACUACACAGACAUUAAAGGCACUCCUUUCAGUCUAGGAGUUGUUCUUUCCAGAGGGCAUGGGAAAUAUUUCUUCAGAGGCAAUGUUACUGUGGAAGAAGGACUUCAUGACUUGGAGCAUCCUGAUGUUGCACUGGCUGACGAAUGGACAUACUGCAACACAGACGAGCACCCCAAGCAUCGCUACUUAUCUCAAAUAGAAGCAAUAAAAAUGUAUCUGAGUGGGCAGGAACCCCGCUUGCAUUGUGACAAGGAACUUAUCCAGGAAGUACUUUUUGAUGCGGUUGUGACCGCUCCACUUGAAGCCUACUGGACCAGUCUUGUGCUCAAUAAAUCAGAAAACUCAGAUAAAGGUGUGGAGAUUGCCUAUCUUGGCACAAGGACAGGGCUGUCCAGAAUUAAUCUAUUUGUGGUGCCUGACGAACUCACAAACCUAGACUUCCUGACAGCUGAAGACAAAGAGGGGGUGUUUAAUGCUGACCACUUUCCUCUAUGGUACAAGAGAGCAGCAGAGCAAGUUCCUGGCACCUUUAUUUAUUCUCUCCCUUUCAACUCAGGUUCAGAAAACAGGAGUGUUGUAUUGGCCAGUACUGCCAUUCAGCUUCUGGAUGAGAGGAAAUCCCCCAUAGCUGCUGCUGUUGGCAUCCAGAUGAAGUUGGAGUUUUUCCAGAGAAAAUUUUGGACAGCCAGCAGACAGUGUGCAGCAUUAGAUGGGAAAUGCUCCAUAAGCUGUGAUGAUGAGCAUAUUAACUGCUACCUCAUUGACAACAAUGGCUUCAUUCUUGUAGCAGAAGACUAUACACUGACUGGAAAUUUUUUUGGUGAAGCAGAAGGAGCUGUAAUGAAUAAGUUGCUGCAGAUGGGCUCUUUUAAACGUGUCACACUGUAUGACUACCAGGCUCUUUGUUGGGUCCAUUCCGAGAGUAGCGACAGUGGGCACACACUCCUGGAUCCUUACUUCGCUUUCUUUGCAGCUGUAAAGUGGAUCCUGACUGAGCUUGUCAUAUUCCUGGUUGAAUUCAACUUAUACAGUUGGUGGAACUCUGAUCUCACAGCCAAAGCUCAAAGGGCAGGUCCGCAUAUGCAGGUGCCAUGUGACACAGAGUACCCUGCCUUUGUCUCAGAAAGAACAAUCAAGGAGAACAUGGGCAACAUCGACUGUGAUGGCUGCAUCAAGUCAUUUGUGAUUCAGCAGAUCCCCAGCAGUAACCUUUUCAUGGUUGUGGUGGACAACAAGUGUGACUGCAGCCAGUUUGGACCCAUCACCAUGGACCCUUUUGAAAUUAUGUAUAUCGAAUCGCUCAAGUGUGAGAGACUGAAGAUGCAAAAAGACAGGAGGCGUCCAGACACCUGUCACCCUUUUCAUCCAGAGGAGAAUUCAAUGGAGUGUGGAGGAGCUGGCAGUCUCACCACAUCGCUUAGUGCCACGCUGCUUUUUACGCUCGUGGCAUUGUUCCUUAGGUGACCAAAGCUGGUCCUGACUCACCAUCCACAGCUUGACCUGAUUUGGCUUGGCUCGAUGUUAUGAGGAAUUGCAAUGAAGCCACAGAAAACAACAUUUCUGUCCUGUAUGAAACUGUGCCCGAUUCAAACCCAUCACCAAUAUGAUCCCCAGCCCAGAAGGUAUCACCUGUCAGGGUCAUGCAAUAAUUGAAAGGACUGUUCAAAGGAUAAUAUUAAACCUGCUAAGAUAACUACAACCAUUUGGAAAUAUGAGCUACAUGGGAAGGUAGUGGGAGAAAAUUAGUCCACAUAUAAAAUUGAAUGUGCUUUUUGACUCUCUGGCUCUUACCAAACCAGGAUUAGGAUUUUCUUCAUAGUAAUUAUCAGUUGAUUUUUCUUUUUUCUGUUCUCAAACACCACCAGUUGUUUGAGAAACCAGGGCAAGAACAAGUUCAGUGGUGAAAGAUCUACCUUAGAAAAAAGCCCUGAAAGAUUUUUCAUUUAAAGUGUAGCAUUUGAUGAAGGGUGCUCCGCAUUUCUGGAUGGAUGGGAAUUGUCAUGAUUAAUGUUGCCUUUUUCUGUUUUAGUCAGUUUAAUUUGCAGCGCCAUCUGCACUUUUGACUUCCAAUAAUCGUGUUGCACGAGGGAUAAAGGCUCAUGUUAGAAAAAGUUAAAACAAAAAAUAAUCUAGGGGUACAGCCGCUGACAGUUGUACCAAACUGUUCAGUCCUUUCAGGUUGUAGCGACGGACUGGGGUCUGUAGCUGGGUUUGGAAUUGGUCAUUUCAGCCACGAAACACCUACAUGGACAGAGAUGGAUGCACUUUCCCCUAGCCUGUUCGGACUUUCCAUGGACUUUUUGGAUUCUGAAGAUUAAAAAAAAUAAUAAUAAUAUUCUAAACAUGUUACAUGUGGCUGGGAUUGUUAUAUGAUGUUUGUCUAAUUAUCUUUUUUUCACAAUGAAAAAAAAUCUGUUACAAUAUCUAUAUGAAAAGAGAAAAAAGAUUAUUUAUAGUUUGCAAGUGAUACCCAUAAACUGUGACUCAAAGAUUCUCUGAUGUGAGUGGUUGUAAUAAUUAAGCUUUGCCUUAUAAAAGGAUAUUGUUCCUGUUUGUGUACUUUUGAAAUAAAAUAUUGUUUGAAAUGUA